GCAUCUAGUAGAGCUGUGAAGAGAAGAUCUUUAUCAGCUGACAGUAGGUCCAGUGAGAUGACAGAUGAGUCAUUAGAAGCCACAAACCUGGACUUUGAAUAUGGCAUGAAUAUGGCAGAGAUCUGCCCAGAAGAACAAUGUGCCAAAAAGAAAAAGAAGGCAGGAAAGUGGGGGUUCUUAAAGAGAACCUGCAAGGCUAUAGAGCGAACCUUCUUCUCCUGCGGCAGUACCAAAGUGGAGCCUUUUGUGCCUCCACUGCGACCAGACACUUCCCCAUCUUAUCAAGAAAGUCUUGAUGAUGAUGUGGAGACUUACUAUAACUUGGGGAAUAUUUUGGGUGAAGGUUUGUUUGGAAGUGUCUGUGAGGCCACACGUAUAUCUGAUGGCCAAAAGGUCGCCAUCAAACUCAUACCCAAGUAUGGCGAUGAGCGUACUCUUGCUAUUCCCGGCUAUUCUGAUCCUCUGAUUACAGAAGUGGCACUCAUGAUUAAGAUGAGUGAACCUCCCUUAAGCCCAAAUGUAAUCCAGAUGUUUGAAAGUUUUGAAGACGAUGAGAAAAUAGCAAUUGUUAUGGAGUACCCCCAGCCCUGCAUAACCUUAGAGGAUUACAUAACAGACAAUGAGAUGUUAUGUGAAGAAAUGGCGCGUAUAGUAAUGCGUAAAGUGGUGAAGGCAGUAAUAGACUGCAUUGACCACGGUGUCGUUCAUACUGACAUCCAUCCUGGUAACAUCUUGAUCAACACCAGCACUUUAGACAUGAAGUUAAUUGACUUCAGUUGUGGUCAGCUGUUUACCAGUGAUGCCUAUGACAGUAGUCAGUAUGUAGGAAAACAAGAGUACUGCCCACCCGAGGUCACAGAGAUGAACAGAUUUCAUGCCAUCUCUGCCAACGUCUGGACUCUUGGUUUGGUCCUCUUUGAAAUGGUCAACGGAUGUUUGCCGUAUUCAGAGUCGGAGGAAGUCCUGUUUGUGAAUCCUGACUUAUCAGGAGGGUUGGAUCUAAAAGUGCUGGACACUACACAGGACUGAGCAAACCAGACCAGACCUCACAUUGUUAAUAAUAAGAAUAACAAGUUUAUUAAGGCUUAU